AUGUCUUCGGAUUCAGACACCAUGCCGGGGAGGAUUUUCGGUUACGAAAAACAAGUGCAUACCGGUCGGAACUCGAUCGAAGACUUUUUAGAGGUCCUAAAAGGCGUAUUCCUUGGACCCGCAAUUUGGGUUAGAGAAACCAUUGUAAAGCCCAAUCAGCAAGACUACAACUACUAUCAUGAACAGUUGCGAAGAGUGCCUACAGUUGAUCAAUGUUAUGACGAUGAUAGACUUUGCAAAUGGGAAGCCAAUCAACAGUUGAUUCGGGAUAAGCUGGUAGAUAGCAAUAUUCUAUCUAUUUUAAGACAGAGGUAUGAAGAUUGUCGGAUUUAUGAAUCACCAGAUGGCAUGAGGAAAUGCAAACCAUUGGCUGACAUUUACCAGGAAGCUGAAGAAAAUUACUCAAUUAAAUACGGCGAUUUGGGCGUUGCUGUCACUGCUGAGAGAUGCUAUGCAAAACAACUGAAUCGCAUGUUAUGGGAGAGACGCCAUGGACCCGUUGGAACUGGAAUGAAGAAAGAUAGCUUGUAA